UUCAACAGCUGCAACAGUGCGAGGAUGAUGUGGUGUGGAUGUUUAGUGGAAUUAGACGAAAUUCAAUUAAUAUGUCAUCAAGAGUUCUGAGGAAACUGCAGGGAGAUAAAGACUUUGCUAAUGAUCAGCAGAAUGAUAACAGUGAUCCUGAAUCCGACUUAGAAAGUACAGGAGGUGCAAAGAAGAAACAACUUAAUAUAAAUCGCUAUGACUUGCUGAAUCAGCAGUCCCAUUCAGAAUCUGAGGUAAAGGAGGAUGAUGAUCAUGAAACAGAGGCGGCUAAUCCUCCAGAAGAGGCUGAUGAUAUACGAGAAUCAUCACGAAGGAAAAAGAAGAAGAAGAAAAAGAAGAAACCAGAAUUUAAGUCCUGGAGUAGUCACAGAAGUAGUGAAGAUAACUUAGAGUUAGAAAAGAAUGAACAGUCAGCUGUGGCCUGGGAACCUGCAGCAGCCAAUUAUUCAAAAGAUCUUAUGGGUGCAAGGAAACCAAUAUUACAUGUUAGCCGCAGGAAUCUCAAUCCAAAUAAUGAACUGAAGAGGAAAUUUGGCUCUAAAGUAGUUCAGAAUGAACAGAGUAAAAGAAGAGGCCGUGGAUAUCCCAAGCCAACUUGUCUUGUUUCACCUAAAGAGAACUGGCUACCAAUUGGAAAACUAGGGUUAUCAAUGAAGUUAGUUGGAAAUCUUCACCAUGACUGUACAUAUUUCAAAUAUGAACAUAACACCAACUACCAGCAAAUACAGAAGAGGUUCCUGGAGGCAGUUGAAAGUCUCAACCCUGACAAUAUUGUAGCAAUAAUCAAUGAGCACCCUUACCAUGUAGAUACACUCAUUCAGCUGUCUGACCUCUGCAAAAUGAGUGAGGAUCUGCAGAUGGCAGCACAACUCAAUGAAAGGGCACUGUAUUGUUUGGAAUGUGCCUUUCAUCCACUCUUUAAUAUGGCCAAGGGAAACUGUAGACUUGAUUACCGGAGGCAAGAGAACAGGGCCCUGUUCAUAACUCUCUUCAAGCAUCUGACAUUUGUCGGCCAACGUGCCUGCUACCGGACAGCUCUGGAGAUUUGUAGAUUGCUUCUAUCACUGGAUCCUGAGGAAGAUCCCCUUGGUGUGAUCCUUUGUAUAGAUUUCUAUGCACUUCGGUCAAUGAAAUAUGAAUGGCUGAUUUGUGCUUACGAAGAAUGGGAACCAGUACGAAAUGUGUCACAGCUGCCAAACUUUGCAUUUUCUGUAGCAAUGGCUUAUUUUCAGUUGGAUGAAGAUCCAGAGUCAGAAAACAAACUUGUGUCCAAUGAUCUCUUACAAAAGGCCCUAAUUAUGUUCCCUGGGGUGCUCCUGCCCCUGUUGGAUAAAUGUUCUGUUCAGCCAGAUUCCAGGGUAUCUAGUCAUCCCUUCUUCACCACGAAAGCUAUGAUGAGUCAGAGUCCAUCACUGAGCCAGCUGAUACAGUUGUAUAUAUGUCGUAACUACCAUUUGUGGAAGGAAUGUGGUAUGCUGGAUUGGCUUGAAAGAAACGUCCAUGUGGUGCUAGAUCGUGUUGACGAGUGUGAUCAGUUUGUUGCGGAGUGUGAGGAGAAAAGGAAGAGAAGGUACCAGAAGACUCCUCGAAACAUCUUGAGACAUAUAAUCCUCUCUGAUAUGAAAGAGGUGAAAGCAACACUAACAGAGGAUUCUGAAGGACCUAUUCUAAGUUAUGAUCCUCUUCCACCUCUGGACUCUGUCAACCUAUAUGUGCGUCCUCAACAGCCAAAAAUGUAUGAACAUUCCAAUGUUUUCACAGUAUUCUUCAGGUCAUUGCUUCCUAACUUCAACAUUAAUGAACCAGCACCUGCUGUGGAUGGCCUUCAGUUAAUGAAUGAUGCUGGUGGAGGAGAGGAAGCAGAAGGUGCAGCAGCUGCCCGAGUUGACUUAGCUCGAAGUGUGACAUCUUUGCUGGAUGCAAUGAGGGAUCUUCUUGCUAAUGUUCGUUUACAACCUGACAUUCCUAAUGAUGCUGAUGUUGAUGAAGAUUCAGAGGAUUAGAAAGAACUUCAGUUGCAUAAAGUUAAUUGUGUGUGAUAUUUAAAUAAUAUUUAUGCUUGGUUGUGGGGAUCCGUUGCACUGACCACAAGACACACUCUAUCUGGAAAAGU